GCUCUGCGGCGCCCAAGAUGGCGGCGCCCAUGGAGUGAGGCGGAAGUAAACAAGGGGAGAGCCCGUUUCCAACGACGAUGGGGCCGAGAUGGCGCCUUGUGGUGGCGGCGCUUGUGGGGCUCCUGGUUCCGCCUCCGCGAUUGGAGGCUGCGGCUUCGGAGAGUGACGGGAAAACGAUAGUGAAUGUGUCCAAGGCCACUCUGUGUUGGCGGACGGAGGACUUUGUGGUGACCCAUCCAUGUUCCCCGUGCUCCAGUUUUGAGGCGAAGAGGACUCCGGAGUGCCAGGUGACCGGCUUCAUAGAGCACAUCACCUGUGGCAGGAAGCAAGAAAUCAAGAGCUGUCGCUCCGUUGAGAUGGAGGCGCACACCUUUUGGAAGUUUGAAGGGGCCAUGAUCGGCUUGGCUGCCUUCUUCGCCCUGCUGGUGGUGUAUCGGCAGCGGAUGCUGGACCGAAAGGCCCUGGAGAAAGUGCGCAAGCAAAUCGAGUCCAUCUAGCCACGUUCGCACCCGCUUCUUUUUGGUCACAGAAGGUGGCCGGCGGAGCUGAUGCACGAAUCCCCCUUUGGACUGUGGAGGUGAACGCGGUUGCCUCUCUCCUUGGUGAGAGUUCCCCCUCUGGCCACUUGGGAGUGCUGUUCUCUCACUGAAGGACUGGAACUGCGCCAGGAGGGCAUACACAAACAGCUGCUCCUGGUCUCAGAUACCCUGAUGCUGGCAAAGAAGACUGCAUUUAUUCCCACUACCACCCCUCCGCACCAGGGGACUUUAAUCCCCUGCAUAGCCAGUCUGGCACAUAUUGGGCUUGGCAUCUUGGCCCUUCUCUCUACUUCUGCCACUAUUUAUUAAAACAAACGUACCGAA